AUGUGCCAUCGACAUUGCAUUGAGACUGUCGAUCGCUCCCUUCGCGACUUGAUACAAACCGACCGGCCCUUCGGAGGAAAGUUCCUCGUGCUCGUUGGAGACUUUAGACAAAUCCUUCCAGUCGUUCCGGGCGGGUCCAGAGGUCCAAUCGUGAGCGCGUGCGUCAAGGCUUCCCCGCUGUAUCGAGAGUGCCGAUUCCUCGCCUUACCGAGAACAUGCGCCUUGCUGCCCUCCGAGCAGACCCUGCAGCAGAUGUGUGCUCUCAACUUUCCAGAGUACCUCCUCAGCGUCGGGGAAGGCAGACUUCAAGGCGAACAGCGCCCGGAAUGGAUCUCACUACCACAGUCCGUUGCGUUCGAGCACACCAUCCGCAAUUUAUACGUCAAGGUCUUCCAAGGGAUUCGAGACAAUCACGCCGACCCUGCCUGGCUCACCAAGCACGUUAUACUCACCACAAAGAACAGGCCGCUCGAGGAAGUCAACGAGGUCAUCGGCAACAUGAUUCCGGGGCCGUAUCGAACGUAUUUAAGCGCAGAAAAGGUCGAGAACGAAAACACAAACGCGCUGAUCUAUCCCACAGAAAUGCUCAACACCUUGACAGCCGGGUCUGCUCUACCAGACCACAAGCUCAUGCUCAAGAAAGAUUUCAUCGUCAUGCUUCUGCGCAAUAUCGAUCCCACUUCCGGUUACGUCAAAGGAGCGCGAUAUGUCAUCGAGAACGUGACCAACAACCUUCUCUGUCUACGCGUUACCGCCGGGUCUCACGAAGGCAACCGACUCUGUCUUCCUCGAAUGCCCUGCGGACCGGGUGACGACAAAUUUCCCAUCCCUGGCUUUACCCGAACCCAGUUCCCCAUUCGGACGUGUUUCGCCCUUACAACGAACAAAGCGCAAGGCCAAUCCUUCGGUGGCCGCAUUGGUCUCGACCUACGAGAUCACUACUUCUCGCACGGUCAGCUCUACGUCGCCUUAUCGAGGACUACUCACCCAAGCAACGUCACUACUCUCACUCGAGAGUCCGAUGAAACAACGCGAAACGUAGUGUACUCCGAGUUCCUUCAGUAG